CGGUCCACAGGCCACUAUAUGGACGGAUUGGAGGCUGCAGGGCUCUACUGGAAGCGCGGCGUCCGCGAUGCCUUUGAGCAGGUCUACACACUCCUCACGGAGAUUUUGCAACGAUCGGCGCUAAGCGGUGACCUCGAUUCGGCGAUAGUGGCGCUACAAGGCUGGGGCCUGGUCAUACAACCCGAAGAUCACGACUUUCUGGCCCGCGUCGGCAUCUUUCGCGCCAUCCAAACCCUGCUGGACCGGGUUCGACCUCCGGCAUCGGUCCGAACGCCAUGGGAGAGCCUGGCGGACGUGUCGGGGACCAUGCCAGACGCAAGCGAGACCGGGGAGACGGACGUGCCCCGGUCCACCUCCAGUGGCUUCUUCACGGCCCUAGAGGGCGCCGGGCUUGGCUGGGACCCCAACGAACGCCACCGUCCUAACGAACAAGCUCUCCCCGUGCCUGGGCUGCAGGAGAUAAGGGCAGAUGUCCCCGCCCGCGCGACCUCGAUCGUCACAGAGGUGGCAGCGACGAGCUUGGUACCGGGUCGGCGGGCCUUCGCCACAGCAGACAGAAUGCUCCUGGCGGCGAGGAGCCGAGUGGCGCGAGCGGCGUUGAAAGUGGUGCACCUCCUCGCGGGACAGGUCGCCGCGGGGGCUUCGGGGGGGCAAGAAGGCUCAAGAACACC